GGGUAGGGAUGCAAGUGAUCCCAGGGGGAAGGGGGAGAGGUGCAUGGCUGUCCGGUGUAGUGUUAGUCCGUUUCAAGCCUUCACCAACUUAGCAAGUUCCGCCGGUAGCGAAAGUGAAUUAUUCGAAUUUGUAGAUCGCGCGUGACCAAUAUUACGUAUGCAACUCACCGGCAAAUCACCAAAGUUUUGAAGGUGGCAACGAAGUAACCACCAUAACACGACAACAUGAGAGAAGAACAUUCACGCGUGUUAGACCACACAAACCUCACAGAACAUUGCCCCGAAAAUGCGUCGAAAUCAAGUGCGAACCGAUCGCGGAAGCGCUCUUAUCAAGGGACUCGCCUAACUGUCCUCCCUUGCGUGAUAUUCGCCCUUCUGUGCCUUCUCUGCAGCCUGCAUAGUGCCGAGGGCAUCGUGUCCUUUUUCCUGCCCGGCUGGCUGGAGAGGAUAAGGGCUGGACUCCUCAGGACAACUCCGCCCACGCAGAUUGCUAGGAGACAGAUUGCUAUCAACGACGUGCUCGAGGAUGCCGAACUUACCACUCCGGAGCUGAUACGGAAAUACGGCUACGAGUCGGAAACGCACAACGUUGAGACGGAGGACGGCUACCACCUGACCCUACACCGCAUCCCACGUGGACUGACGGAGCGGGAUGAGUCCGAACAGACCCUCAAUGGAAAUGGAAGCCUCAACUCUGCACCCCGGCCGGCCGUCUUUCUGCAGCACUGCAUUCUCUGCAGUUCCAGUGUCUUUGUCCUCAUGGGGCCCAAAAAGGGACUAGGAUUUCUGCUAGCUGAUCAGGGAUAUGACGUGUGGAUGGGAAAUGCACGAGGAACUAUCUAUUCAAGAGGACACACCAACAUGUCAACUAGCUCAAAAGCUUACUGGAAAUUCAGUUGGCACGAGAUGGGAGUGUAUGAUUUGCCAGCAUCGAUAGACUACAUUCUACGCGAAACGGAACAGAAAAAGCUGUUCUACAUCGGCCACUCUAUGGGUACUACUAUGAUGUAUGUGCUGCUAUCUGUGCGCCCCGAGUACAACCAUAAACUGCGCCUGAUGGUCAGCUUGUCACCCGUCGCAUUCAUGUCAAACAUCAAGUCGCCGCUCUUUCGCAUACUCUAUGGACCAGUCAGCAAUGCAAUGAACACAGUCGGUGUACAUGAGUUCAUACCUGGGAAUACGGCAGUGACCACACUGGGAAGGCAGCUAUGCCAGGAGAAGGCGCUCACAUCAACCAUCUGCUCCAAUAUUCUGUUCCUGAUCGCUGGAUACGACUCACGACAACUCAACAGGACCAUGCUGCCAGUGAUAUUUGGCCACCUUCCCGACAGCACAUCAACUAACAGCUUGAUGCAUUAUGGCCAGAGUGUGCAGAACGGUGACUUCAAGUGGUUCGAUUAUGGCCAGAAGACGAACAUGAAAAUCUACAGACAGGAGAAGCCGCCUCCAUACAGACUCAGCAAGAUCACCGCCCCAGUGGCUCUCUUCUUCAGCGAUAAUGACUGGCUCGCUGACAAAAAGGAUAUAGGAAAACUGGCGAAGAAGUUGAAGAACAUAGUGAGUGCCUACAGAGUGCCCUUGAAUACAUUCAACCACAUGGACUACUUGUUUGCAAUGGAUGUGAAAGAACUCGUUUAUGACAAUGUAUUGACCUUAUUGUCCAAUUAUUAGCAACUGAAAAUGCGUCUCUUGAUAAUCCAACAAAUGGGGAAUCAUGCAGUCAGCUUUUUUAGAUGACCAGUAAUGACCAGUUGGAGUCUAUCCAAAAAUACUCGUGCAUCUUCCGAGUAUUUGUAGAAUUCACAAACAGAAUAUGAGAAUCAUUUCUAGAUCAAUCUAAAUAAUACUGUAUUCAGCGAAUAGAAUCAUUUCUAGAUCAAUAUUAAAUAUUACUGUAUUCAGUGAAUAGAAUCUUUUCUAGAUCAAUGUUAAAUAUUACUGUAUUCAGUGAAUAGAAUCUUUUCUAGAUCAAUAUUCAAUAUUAUUGUAUUCAGUGAAUAGAAUCUUUUCUAGAUCAAUGUUAAAUAUUACUGUAUUCAGUGAAUAGAAUCUUUUCUAGAUCAAUGUUAAAUACUACUGUAUUCAGUAGUAUACAUGAGAUACAUUUAUGUUUGCAAUAUUGUUACAGCAUGCAAAGCUAUAAUAAGAUAGACAUACAUUUUAGGAGUUUCUUCAAUUUGAAGUGGUUUAAAAAAUUAAAAUCCAUUACAAUAUUUUAAAAAUUAAUCAAUGCAACAUUUUUGUGGAUACUAUAGAAAUCUCGCAUCAAGUGAAACUAUAGAAUUGAAAAUUGGUUACAUGAAUUUGCGAAAUCGUUUUUUAUAAAUUCAUAAUCAAAGAAUCUGUUCUUGGCUAGGUUAUUAAUGCUAUUGAACUAUUAUUUGUUCAAAGAUAAGGUAACGUUGUUGCUCAUUAUUAAUUCUCUAUUAGGAAAUGAUUUGUGUAUUAUUAGGUUUCUUAUGCACUGAAAAAUAGUUCAUAGUAGUAAUGUGAGUGAAUAUUCCAAUUUUAGAAUCUAUCCUUUUUGAAUCAAAUAAAUCUACUGAUGAUCAUAAUAACAUCAUUGAUAAGAAUAAAAAAUAGUUAUUAGAAAAAUAAACUAUGGAUCAAAUAAUAUGCAGGCCUACUAAUAAUGAUCUAACAUGUACUUUUUCAACAGUUUCGAGUAGAUUUAAGAACCAAAUUACUUCAUUCUAAAUAUUCAGAUUUCUGAUUGAAGAAUUUCAAUACCGUAAUCUAUUCAAGUUAUACUUGUAUAUAAAAUUAAUAAUAAUGAGAUAAAAAUCAAAGACCUAAAUCAUGAUUUAGCCCCUUUGAUAUGUAGGCUAUGUCAAAUUUUCAAUUAAAUUUUACAUCCCAGUAGGCCUAAUGAUGAUUGGAUACAGAAUAAUUAUUGUAAAAACGUAUUUCAAUUUCUGUAACGUACUUAAUUUUACAGCAAUUUUGUGUAGAUACAAGAUUUAUUUCAACUGAUUAGUGUAACUAAAAAUUGGUACACAAAGAAGGAAAAGUUUGAAAGAUUGAUGUUUUAUUUUAAAAAAUUAAAAAGAUGUACAAUUACUUAGAACAGGAACAGCUAACAGCUUCGCAUAUGCAUGUAUGUACCAACUAAUUUCAUUGGAAUUUUCACAUUCCAUUUUAAUAAGAUUAAUGUAAUAUUUAAUGAUAAAAUCAAAAAUAUGAAAUAAUGGAAGUCUAGUAUAUAAUAUUUGUUGCUACAUGUGUAAGUUUAAAAUGUGUAAAGAAGAUACCUUUCUUUCAUUACUUUUAUGUUUUGUUAUGGUACUGAAUGUAAGAAUUAGUGUUGAUAAGAUUGUAAAUAUUUCAUGGAUGAUUGUGUGAAUGAACUAUAGAUAAGUGAUUUCAGUUAAUAAAAAACAAAAUCCUA